AAGCGUCACUGCGACAACAACCACAGCAAGGUGUCACUUGAGAGCCAAGCUGUCACCUUCUCGCAAAGCUUGCUCGUGGGAGGUUCCAGUCGGAGUACCUGUUAUGUCGGAGAUGCGAAACCACUGCUCGUUUGGAGUCGAAUGAAAAACGGCCAUUCGUCCUUUCUUGUUCUCGCUUGUGGCUCAAACAAGUGCUUGACUAAUUGGUGACAGCAGAUUGAAAAGUCAAACAUUGUGAGGGUUGGCCCUCAUGGAUUAUGGUGGUCAGUUGGACUAUGAGGGAAGAAUAAUGUCACAAGUUGCAGUGGGUGGGGCUGACCGUUGCGAUAACACAGCCCACCCUGAAGUACUUAUUGCUCAACGUCCAAACCUCAAUGAGACCACUUCACUCUCUCAGAGUGAACUUACGUCAGCUCUACAGAAUGAUUUUGAAACUGGACUCCCCUCAAAAACAUCUCUCAACAAUAACGGGGGGAACAAGGAGCUGGAGAGCCAGAAAAGCACAGAAGAAGAAGAGGACAUUGAUGAGGUGAUGAAGGAUGAAGAGGAGGAAUCAGAAGAAUCAAGUUGUCAAAUGCACUGCCAGUCCCCAGAUACUCCCAUGACAGAUUCCUCCUAUUCAGAAACAGGAAGCAUGCUGGAAAAUCCCUUCAGUCCAGGCACAAGUCCAGAACCUACGUCACCUAUCAUCCAAGAAACGUCAUGUCCCAUCAGCCCACUGGAUCUGGUCCAGAGUGAAGUAAACUUUGCUGGUUAUAUUGCCCCAUCCAGCACACCAGGACAUAUUGUCAUGAAGGGGCCUGUGCUUUCUCCUCAACCAUCUUUAACCUCGGACACAGGCCUGAGCUGCACUGAUGCAUCCAAACAUAUCUCAGCAAGUACUGCCGGAAACGUACAAUCACCGGAGCCCUUCGCCUUCACCCCUGGGCAUGUAACAAGUUGUACACAAUCCUCUUCUGUUCCUGGAGCUACACUCACACAUUCAGAUCAGGAGACUUCCUCUUCUUUGCCCAUCUCUGCUCUGAUGGCCUCUUUGGAGCUAUUGGCCCAGAGAGGAGAUGAUACUUGCCUCCCACAACAACUUCAUCAGAUUGCUGAGGCCUCUGUCCGUCAUGAAGAUUACCAUUUGGCUUUACGGUGCAUUCAGCUGGAGAAGCUUUAUCACCAGAGAGUGUUGGACAACCUGAAUGCUCUUCAGCAGCAGUGGGAAAGACUGUGUACAAGAAGUUCACCCAUCUUGGAAGCCUGUCAUCUGGACACUCUCAGAGACAUCUGCCAGACACACGCUCGACCGAGCACCACAGAUGCAGCGUUGGGAUCUCUGGGCUUGUUAAAUCUUGAACAAGGAAAUGCAUUAACUCAAGCAGCUGAUGACAUCGAAGGUUCGAUGGAGCAUAGCCAUCUCCCCACGCCCUCCAUUAAUCUGUCACAUCAGAUCAAUUCCAAAAAAAUAGACAGGGAAGCCCCGGAAUGCAAUUUAGAAGGGAAGUCUGGUUCCCCUGGGAGUGAGUUGACUGACGAGAAUAAAGCCAGUGGCAGAGUGCAAGGGGAGUGUCUGGAACGCACCACUUUAACCCAAGAAAUGAUGUGGCACCCCUCUGGAGCUGGAGUAAUGGACCAGCCCGAGCCUGCAGAGCAGCAGGGAGGAGAUUUAGGUUCAGCACAGGAAAAGGAGCUGGAUGAGGAAAACAAGAGGAGCAAUGUGGGAGAGGCAGCGGAGGCACCGAUAAUGGAAGAUGAGACUGAGGAAGAGGAGGCAGAGGAAGAGAGAAAAGAGCUCUGUGGGAUCGCUGUGACGACGGAACAUCUGGAGCAGGAAGCUCAAGUGUUUGGAAAAGAGGAGAUAACGGAGGGAAAUGAGAGCAGCCUGCAGCAGGAUGAUGUCCAUCUUCCUCAAGAGACUCUCCUGAAACACGACAAGCUAGCCAACGAGGAAGAAGAGGAGGAUUAUGAGUCUGAGCUAGCUGACACCUUUCCAGAAGCAGUCACCUUGGACGACAUGGCGAAACUUAUCACUGUCGAAGAGAUUUCGCCUGUUUCUGGCCUCAUCUCCAUCCUGAAAAAGAGGAAUUUACCUUCUGACGAUGUCAGUUUGUCUGAACAUCUGGAUAAAUCCACUGCCAAAAGACGCGUUCGCUUCAAAGUGGCAGAUGAUGGUUUUGAAAGUGAUGUUGGUGGCAGAGACUCUUGCCUGCUUCUCUUCCUGCUUUGUCUGGUUACUGUGGUGAUCAGCAUGGGCGGCACAACCCUUUACUGUGCUCUGGGUGACGUGCGCUCCUCCGUCUGCCAGGACUUCUCUAGAAAUCUGGACUUUUACUUUGGACAAAUGCAGCGUGCUGUAACUCACAUCCAACAGUGGUUUGGCCCGAGUUCAACGUAGUGACACGUCGGGACAGGUUUGUGGUUGUUAACUAACUAGAGGGCUCAGUUCUGCUCUCUACACACGCGCUUAAUAAAUACUGGCCUCGUGGGCCUUUUGAAAAAAAUGUUGUGAACUAUAGAGGUUUUUCACAGACAGAUUGUCACGUGACUCCACCCCAGUGAAAAACAGCUAUAUUGGCCGUCUAACACUCUUUAUGCAGAAAAUAGAUAUCAUUAUGUCAUCUGACAAUACAGAUGGGUUAACAGCAAGGGUAUGACAAUAAAUUGAUAUGUUGAUAUACAGCCUAGAAUCGAGAUCUCAUCUUAAAAGGUCUUGAUGUUUAAUUAAUAAAUGAACCAAAAGCUUGCUACUGAAAUUUUCCGCUACGAAAGUGUUUAUAUUAACUAACUUGCUCCCAUUGACGGCGCUAGACAAAUGUUCAUAUGCCCUUCCCAGUUGAAAUGGAUUGGACGUGUAGCGCCGUCAAUGGCAAGUAAACUGGGGCUGCCUCGAGUAAUUGACUAAUUGAGUAGUAAAUGAGUCGUCAUCCAUUUUGAGACAAUAAAUAGUUUAGAGACAUUGCUCACCUCAAAAUUGUUAAGCCUUAUUUUUUUAGGGGUUAUAACCAAUUGCCAAUGGCGCUCACUUAACUGUUGCUAACGGUGCUAGCUUAGCGCCAUGUGGUUUGAUGUGAUUCAUGCCACAUGGUUGCCGUGCCAUGCCAUGCUAUGCCACAGCCAUUCAUGUAAAUCAACUCGACCCCCUGUGAAUGAAUAUAUUCAUCAAUGAAAUCCCUCAUCUAUAUAUAAUUAGUCCUGAACAUGUUUUAUGCACACAAAACCGAGGAAAGUUUUGCCUUGUAUCACUCAUUAAACACGACUUUGUGCACAGAAACCGGCCACUAACCUUGGGGAAGGACAAUACAUUUUCAUACCUGAUAUGAAAUGUGCGAUGGCGAAUUAGGGCCAAACAAAGAAAAAAAGGGACUACGAGAAUAAAGUCAUAAUAUUACAAGAUUGAAGUCUUAAUAUUCUGAGAAUAAAGUCGUAUGUUGUAAUACUAAGGGAAAACAAAUCGCAAUAUUGAAAGAAUAAAGUCCUACAUUGUAAUUUUACAAGAUUAAAGUUGCAAUACCACAUAACUUUAUGUAAUUUAUGAGAAAAAGUUUUAUGUUAUGCAAUUUUACAUAAUACAGGUAUUCCCCAGGUUACAACGUACUCGACUUAUGCAAUUUUGACUUUACUACGCCGGAGUCUCGUCUGCCAUUUUGUCUCCAGUCGUUUUUUUUUUUGUCGCAUAAACAGAACCUUAUUUUUACUUUAUUUAAUUAAUAUGACGUGCUCUGUCCUCCCUUAACAUUAAGUUGUUCAGCUUUACAGACACCAAACAAGGCAAUUGUGCUUUUUGAAGCUUUUUACUUCCUUCAGUUUUGACAAUUUGUAAAGCUCUAACACACAUAUGCACACUUUUGUUCAAAAUGACACGCAUUUUAACAAUAAAACACUUGACACAAAACAAUUGAUGCUUAAACAUCAAUCUAGUCUGAUCAAUCAGUAAAAUUAGUAGAUUAAAUCAGCCUAAUUUGCCUAACAAAUACCCGCUAGCUAAAAUGCUAUUAAUGCUAACGUAUUUACAAUUCUUAUAGCAAAUCGCUCACACAUAACUCCACAAACUGUAGCUCUAAACCUAAUUACAAAUGCAUACGCAAACAUAUAUUAGGAGAAACAACUUACAGCCUUAUGUGGGUCAAACCAGAGCACAGCUAUUCUUUAUCCAUGUCGGACGUCUGAGUCUGCUUCUCGGUCAUACAUAGAGACAGUCCAGCAAGACCCAACGCUGCCACCAGAGGGCAGUGUAUCCUCCAUCAUUAAAAGCAAUACAAUACCUUUGGAUGUUUUAGAUAAUUAUUUUGAGAUUUAGGGGUACUUAAAGGACUAAUUCUGACUUACUCGGAAAUUCGGGUUACGUUUCCAGCGUAGGAACGUAACCCGGAGACUAUCUGUAUUACGAGACUAGUCAUAAAUUGACGGGCAAAAAAAAAAAAAAAAAUCAUAAUUCAUCAGGUUAAAGUUGUUUUAUUAUGAAAAGUUACCAUACGCAACCUUAUGACUUUUUUCUCAUUACAGUACAUACAGUUACGUCGUAUUACGACUUCAAACCGGUUUUUCUGUGCCCCAAAUACUCGUAGAAAUGGACAUUACAUAGCCUUGACGAAUCAUUUGGAACAAACUUUUCUUGUUUUCCAACUCUUUGGGUAUCUGAUCAAAGUUCAAAUUUUCUCAUUUUUCCAUAGUUAUUCCAAUCAGUUCAAUGUUUUGGGGAUAAAAUGUAAGAAGCCGCGAAAAGACGACCGGCGUAAAGGUGUAGCAUGAUGCGCAUGUCUAUUUGUGUAUUACUUGUAGCUUUGUUAAACGGCCAGAAUGGCAGAACGCUGUUUGGGCAGAUGUAUGGUGGCAUCACAUGAAAAACCUCUAAAGAGCAAGUUUUAUUGACUUUUUAAAAACUGAAAAACACAAAUGAAAAACAAAACAUGUAUUGAGUCUUAAUCAUGUCUUAACACACUGAAUGAAUGAUUUCAGUCAUACGUAUGGCAUUCACACAAUGUAUUUUUGAGCUUUUCUUCUUCAUAGAAAUUGAGCUGUUGCUGGACCUCAGACAGUUUCUAUCCAGUAACACUGUUCUUGAGCUAUGCAUUAUUCGAUUGUUUCACCACGUACAUUAACAUACUAAUAUAAAUCAUAUACUGUACUGUACCUACAAGACUACAGGAAUGUUUAACAUGACCGGUACUUUUUUUUGUUUUUGUAAUCUUGCAAUAUAAUCCUCAGACUGGAGACCUCUCACAAUGCAACGAAUAAUUGUUCAUUGUAAUUUAAAAUAUGAUGUUAUGUAGCGCCAUGUCAGCUCAGCUGGAUCUUUGCAUCUCAGGAUUUCUGGGUAUCAUCCUGUUGACUUGUUUCUCCCAAUGUGAGUGUUUUUUUUCUUACCGUUUGAGUGAAUAACUUUUAUUCCUGGGCCCAUUUUCCACUUAACUCAU